CGAUCGGAUUUCCCAUGGAAAAUGCACGGCGUCUUUCAGUAGCAUUAGGCCUAUCUCCAUCGUUAUAAACUUCCGGCAGAACAGCAUAAAUGAUGGCCGGAACGGUAUCACGAAAGGGCUUAAAUAUCCCCGAGGGGCUACAUCCAAUAAUGGAGUGCAUUACGAGAGCAGUGAUAGCGAAGAAGCCCCCCGACAUUCUGCUGUUUGUACUGUACUACUUUGUUCGACUGAAAGAAUUUAGAAAGGCAGGACACCCCAAUUUCGACAUUAAGAGGCUUGUCAGGGAAUUCCAUCGUGCAGCGGAGGCGACGAUCCCAGUAAAUGGUUUGGAAAAGGAGUUAAAAAGGAUGGGGUAUCUCAAACCAGAGCAUGUAUCUGAUCAAACAGCAGUCCUUGAAGAGAUUCCAAGUGAUGCGGCAAUGACAACCAAUCAUCUGGAAGCACCCCCGGAAAAAGAAAGUCAAGAGAAAAAGGACACUUCUGAAAAGUCUUUAGCCACCACACAGCCUAUGAAACAGCAACAUUUGAUGUCCAGUAAACAUUCAAGUACUAGAGGAGGACUACAGACAAAUAAUAUGCAAGCCAAACCUUCCACUUGUGUCAAGGAAGGUGAUCAAAUCUCAACACAGGGAGAGCGUCCAACAACAGGAAACUCAGCAACUAUUCCAAAAACCAAGGAUAAAAUUCUGAGUGAAACUCCCCCUUCUUCAUGCACAAAUAUGACAAACCCUCCAAGCUCUGUCAAAAAAGGGGGUGCCAGUUCAACAGUGGGUGAACCCCGCGCAAAUAGAGAGUCAGUCACUACUGCAAAAGCAAGGGACAUAGUUCCCAUCCAAGCCCCCAAUUCUUUAUGCACAGAUGUGAGCAGCCCUCCAAUUACUGAAAACAAUGCAGAUGCAGCUAAAUCAGCAGGUGACCAUCCUGCAGCAGGACACUCAGGAGCCAUUCCAAACACAAACGAGGACAUUUCCAGUGAAGACCCCACUUCCUCUGUUACCCACUUACCUUUUAAGAUCAUAGUUUUAAAUGAAUCAGCCAUUCCUCCGCACAGUUCACCAGAAGCUGAAAUAGCUAAACUACGCCCAUCAGAUGUGGCGUCUUUAACGCCAUUUCCGAUAGGAGAGAUUCUCCAGAAUAACCAACUGCUCAAUCCUAAGGAGCGGGAACUUUUGAAAAGCCUACAGGUAUUUUGGUAUAAUCCAGUAGAAGCAAAUAAGGAGGACAGCACACAGACAAAGUCCACACAAACAGAGUGGCCUGCUCUGCCCAGCAAUGCAACAGCAGAACUCCAGUCACCAAGCAGGAGUAACAGUGAUGUCUGCACACAGUCGACUCGGCCUUUGGCACCCUGCCCUUCCUGGAACCCCGGCUUCUAUGGUUAUCCUUACCACCCCAACUAUCAGAGACACUCCUCUGGUAGCCAUGGAUCAAAUGGAUGUGAUGGGGAUGCCACUCAAGGAGCAGACCAAAAUUCUGAGAGAGAACAACACUCCUAUCCUCCCAGGUGCUUCUGGACGCCCAUGCCAUUUCACCCGCCCUACCCGAUGCAAGGCGCAUGUUGGCACUAUCCCCGAGCAGGCCAAACAUCCCCUUGUCGGAUGGGGAGGCCCUACGAAACCAUGCAGAUUAACACUGCACAUGGAACAUCGAAAUCGGCCCAGAUGUCACCAAGUAGGCAAGGUCACCCUGCGAAUGCCCCGCCAAGCACCCCUCCAGGACAAGGCCAGGCGACCGCAUGUGGUGGUACGGGACUGCAUCCUCCCGCAGCUCCUCUAGGCUGGCAUCCCUAUGCCCCGUAUUCAUAUCCUCUGUACACAUACACAGUCAUGCCUGCUGGAGACAUGACUAACGCCGGCCAGGCUGCAUUUAGGCAGCAGCGUCCAUGCAGUGCCCCGGUCAACAAGGGGGAUUCCCACCCGUCCUGUCAUGACAAUCCACAGUCAUGUUCUGAAGGCAGUGUGAAGAAGAAUAAGAUGAAGAUGAAGUGAGAAGAUUAAAUUGACAAGAGAUGAUACCUUUUACAGAAACAAUAAACGAAUGGAUAUCAACA